AUGGAUUCGCCGACGACAGGACGUUCCACUCAGGCAGCGGCUAUUCCCGUGCUAGCUCUCAUUGCCAUCAUCGUUAGUAUUCCUCCCAUUGUGUUGCACUGGAAGAACCGCAACUUCCCGGCCACGUCUCUUAUUUGCUGGUUCUUGAUCCUCAACGUUUUCAACUUCAUCAAUGCCCUUAUAUGGCAAACGGACGACCUCGAGUCAUGGUGGGAUGGACAAGGCCUGUGUGAUGUGGAAGUUAAAGUCAUGAUCGCUAGCUAUGUUGCCGUUCCGGGGGCGUUGGCGUGUAUCUUCAGGAGCUUGACUUCUGUGCUGGACACCAGACGUGCUAUGCUUGUCCCCUCCAAGAGUCAGCGAUGGCGGAAUCGUAUCAUGGAUUCUCUGUUCUGUGUGAUUAUCCCUGUAAUCGCCAUGAUUACACACAUCGUUUACCAAAAGUCCCGAUACAUGCUCUUUGGUAUCUCAGGAUGUGUCAACAACUUCGAUGAGAGUUGGGUGAGCCUGGUGCUAGCAUUCAUCUGGCCCCCAAUAGUCUGUGUUCUUGCUGCUUACUAUUGCGGCAUGACGCUUUAUCGUCUUCAUAAAUAUCGGAGUCAAUUCGGGGAGAUACUCAGUUCCGCGAACAGCCACCUGAACAAAUCAAGGUUCCUGCGACUGUUCUUUCUUGCAUUCGUCAUGCUCUUGACCAUUCUCCCAAUGCAGGCGUUCGUCCUCUAUCAGAACAUUCUAUUGUCAUUGCCGUGGCACUCUUAUUCAUGGAGUUCCCUCCAUGGACCAGAGUGGAAUACUAUCAUCAAAGUUCCGUCGAAUGGCCAGGCAUUCUUUGACCGCUGGAUUCCAAUCGCUGCGGGCUAUGCGGACGUUUUGCUGCUCUUCGCUCCUCGCCGCACGCAACGGGAUCUAGUGGUGGAGGAUCGACAACGAGCCGUGCAAGGCUACUCUUCUCCAAAUAGUGGCCAUCGUCAAACAUUCGACGACUCUGCGCCUAGUAGAUCAGCCAGCCAGAACUACGCAGAUAUCGAAAAGGGUACCAUCUUCCCACGAAACAACCAAGGCUCAAAAAGGUCAUUCUGGCUCUCACUUCGAUGGACUUUCUUGGGCCGCAGAUUCCAUUCCGCUCGCGAGAGGGCACCCUCGCCUCCCAAGCUGUCUAUCCCAGCGACAACGGUAUCUACGAGCGCCUGGGCCGGCACGAGCCAAAGCCGUGGAAGUGGUGAUUUCUCGAGCACCCCUGUCAAACCUGAUUUUAUUCGUGUCAAGCAAGUCAUUAGCCAAGAGAGUGAGACGAAGCGGGGAGAUUCGAUUGCCGCCCAAAUUAGCAUUUAA